CAUUCCGCGUGGGUCUGCAGUCCGAAAGUUGAUGGCUACGUUCGAGCGGAAGGUGCACUACGUCGUGCAUUACUCGAAUUUAAAACAGGCCAUCGCCAACGGUGUGGUUGUCGAUAAGGUAAUAUUUAUUAUACUAUAUAUAAAUAUAAACACACAGAAAUAUAUAUAUACUAUACAUUACUCUUUAUUUUUACAAACAAAUUAUUCAUACGUUUCAGGUGCACAGAGUAUUGGAGUUUAAACAAUCUCCUUGGUUGGCACCAUACAUCGCGUUAAACACCGAGAUGCGUAAACGGGCGACGAAUGAGUUUGAAGAAAAUUUUUUUAAAGCACAAAAUAACAGCGUUUUCGGUAAAACGAUGGAGAAUGUCCGAAAUCGUUUUGAUAUGAAGCUCGUUUCAUGCCCUCAGAAAAUGCGAAAGCUCAUUAACCGCCCAACGUUUAAACAGUGUACCACUUAUAGUGAAAAUCUUGCAGCAGUGUCUAUGCAUAAAAAAGAGAUCGAUUUCUGUAAACCAAUUUACAUCGGGUUUGCAGUCCUUGAGCGGAGCAAGACACUCAUGUAUGAUUAUCACUAUAACGUCAUGAAACGUCAUUAUGGUGAUAAGAUAACUCUGCUGUACACCGACACCGAUUCCCUCCUGUAUCGAGUGUUGACGGACGACUUUUACAGCGACUUGGAGGGCAACCCGAACUUAAUGAACCGUACGGAUACCUCUAAUCUGCCGCCGGAUCAUGCGUGUUACACGUCGGCGCGUAAGAGAAUCCCCGGGUUGUUCAAAGACGAAACCGGGGGGCGCACCAUGUAUGAGUUUGUGGCGUUACGUGCUAAAUCUUACGCGUAUGAUAUUGAGCACUCGACCACCAUACGAGCAAAGGGGAUUAGAGGUCAUGUGAUCCGAAAUCACCUAACGUUCGACGAUCACAAGCGGUGUCUGUUUGCCGCCGACAACGACGAUGACGACGAUGACGUCGAAUCCGAUGAACGCGAUGACGAGUUCGACGCACAUAUGGGUAAGCUGAUAGCAUCGUCUUGCGCGCGACAAGUCAUCGCGUGCUUACAUGCAGCAGCAGCAGCAGCAGCAGCAGCAUCGACAACGCCGUCAACAUCUUAUCCGCUCCCACCACCACCACCUCAACCACUAACACAACAGUCUUACGAAUUGUAUACCCCGUAUAGAGAGAACGUGUCGAUCCGAUCGUUUAAACAUCAAAUGAAAACAAUUAAAACAAUGAAAUUAACAUUGAACAGAUCGGAUGACAAACGACACGUUCUACCCGAUCGUGUGCACACACUUGCACACGGUCAUUAUAAAAUUGUAUAAAUUGUUAUUGUUAUUGUUAUUGUUAUUGUUAUUGUUAUUAUUAUUAUAAUUAUUAUUGAUG